UUCUGUAACCGAGAGACAGACACACGCACACACGAGCCGAGCUUUCUUAGAAUACAAGCGCGAAUACAUACAAAAUAAUUGUGCAUCUAAUCUCCACGCCUCCGGCACAGCCAAAAUCUCUUCUCCUCGAUCACACUUACCACACACAUAACAAACACACAGUGCGUAGAUAAUUUGAGAGAAUUGGAGGUACUGGGAUUCCUUCUCUAGAACGUUUCAAUAAUUUUCACAUUCUGAAACAAUCCAAACAUUAAGAGGCGGUGAUUGCGACGGUCUAGGGUUUCUUUUUUUAUAGCUUAUAAGGUGGAUUAUUGAGGAGUGUGGAUUUUGCGUUUCGAAUUUAACACGAGGGAAUUGGUUUCAGUCGGGUUUUGAGUCGUUUAGAUUGAUUUGGGUGUAGACUGGUUCUGAUUUUGUUUGGGGAUGAUUUUUUGUGUGGCUGGACUUAUCAAACCCUAGGAGUACAUAGGCUUUCCGAUUUAGGUUUUUUUGGUAGACGUUUAGUGGGGGAGUUUGAUUAUUCCUGCGUUAUUGUGUAUGGAUUCCGUUGAUCACUGAGGGGAGCUCAGUUCUGGGGUUUUACUUAUGAAUGGAAUCAGGUGAAUUUUUAGUUGUUGUUGUUGCAUUUUCUGGCUGAUGAGAUGUUAGGGUUUUCUUGGUUUGUUAUGUUCUUGGGAGGGGAGGAGGCCCUGGAAUGUGUUUUUAAUGGUGUUUGUGGGUAUAUGAACAGUGCAUGAGUUCCAAUUUUUAGAUUUAUUGGAUAUAGUUGGUCACUCAAGGAGUGAAAUAUACUGUACAGAAGAUAAAGAAUCAUUUAGUUAUGAGCAAUUCUGACUAUUUAUUUUGAAUGUGCCAUUUUGCGACCGGGAGGAUUAGGCACUGGAUUUUAAAUGUUUAUUGUCAACCUGUGACUGGUUUAUUUUGGAGUGGGGAGACAGGGGUGUUGAUGUGAAGAAUAAUGGAAGGACUAGUGCUAGGAUGAUUCAAGAUUUAUGUUUGAUAGAGGCUUCGAUUGCCAUAGGGUAAUAUGGAUUUGACACGUGACAAAAUGUUGGAGUAAGUUGACAUUGUAGGAAAAUCAAUUUACUUUCCAAUUUUUCUUUGCUAUAAGAUAAUGUUUAACACCAGUUAUGGAAAGAGUUGAGCCUUGUUUAGUACCUCAAUGGUUGAAAAAUACCGGAAACCAGAACGGCGGCAGUUCUGUUUCGCAUUCAGAUGAUCACACUCCAUCGAAGAUUGUGAGAAAUAAGUCAUUUGUAGAUGGCCAUAAUAAUGAUUUUAGACGAUCUCUUAGUUUAGACAAAACUUCAUCAUCUUAUUUUCGUCGGAGCUCUAGUAGUAAUGGUUCUCGCCAUCUGAGGUCUUGUAGUAGCUUUGGUAAAAAUCAACAUGACAGGGACUGGGAGAGGGGUAUGCAUGAUUCUCACACAAAGGAGAAGCCAUUGUUGGGGGAUCGAAAUCGACGGUAUCAAGACAUUACAGAAUCUGUGGAUAACACCUUGUUAAUUAAACUUGAGAGAGAUGAGUUAAAGAGCUCGCAUUCAAUUUCUGGGAAACAUAGAGAAACAUCCUGUAAUAAAGUUGGUACUAACUCAAGCACUAGUGGGAAUUAUACUAAUGGCUUACUCUCCAAAGGCAGUCCUGUUGGAGGGGUCAACAAAAUAACAUUCAAGAGAGAUUUUCCAUCAUUGGGACCAGAAGAGAAAGUGGUCACAUCGGAGGUUGGAAGAGUCCCUUCUCCUGGACCGAGUUCUGCCAUUCAGAGCUUGCCCGUAGGUAGCUCAGCUAAUAUUACCGGUGGAAAAUGGACUUCUGCUUUGGCAGAGGUUCCCGAUAUAGUUGGAUGCAAUGGAGCUGGCAUGAUAGCAGUGCAACAUGAGGUUACUACAGGUUCUGCAUCUCUGCCUGCAGGUACUUCCUCAAUCCUCAACAUGGCAGAAGCUGUAACCCAAGGCCCUAAUCGUGCUGGAGCUGCUCCCCAAUUAUCUGUGGGAACUCAGAGACUCGAAGAACUGGCCAUUAAGCAAUCUAGGCAAUUGAUUCCUGUGACACCAUCUUCUCCAAAAAUGUUGGUUUUGAGUUCCUUGGAUAAACAUAAAACCCGAGCAGGUCAACAGCAGCAUCCCACAUUAUCUUCAGUCUCUGCUAACAACUCUCCGCGCAGUGGGUCCUUAAAGAGCGAUGCUUCAAGGACAAACGUGGGAAAGCUCCAUGUUCUCAAGCCAGUCUGGGAAAAGAAUGUUGCUACACCUGUUGUGAUCAAGGACAACCCGAGUCAAGCAAGUGGUGGGAAACUCGUAAAUUCUCUGCUCGCUGCUCCAUCGAUUUCUGGAUCAGCUGCAACUAGGGGCCCAUUAACCAAUCCCGGCCAUGAGCGCAGACCUAUGUUGGAGAGGCGACCUACUUCUCAAGCUCAGAGUCGAAAUGACUUCUUCAACUCGGUGCGAAAAAAAUCUAUGACAGAAUCCUCUUCUGCAGGAAGUGUAUCAUCAGUUGUUGUGUCUUCAUCUAGUUCUGAUAUACCUUCCGAACCGGAGUUUUUGUGUGCUCCAAGUUCUGAAAGGGCGAACCAUUUUGCUGAGAUGAAUGGCGACUUGAACUGCAAUGGUGAUUCUGCUUGUGUCAAGCAGAGAAAUUCCAGCAACCAAACAAAUCUUCCUCUCUCUGAUCUUGUGUUCUCAGAGGAGGAAGAGGCUGCUUUCCUUCGUUCUUUAGGCUGGGAAGAAAACACUGAUGAGGGCGGUCUGACUGAAGAAGAAAUCAACACUUUCUUCCAGGAUUUCACUAAGUACAUUAAUUCGAAGCCAUCGCUUAGAAUACUGCAAGGAAGACAACCGAGUUUCCUAUCUCCAGUCGGGACCAUUUCAGGGUUGACUUCAUCUGAUGCUAAGCUGGAAUCUUGAUUUGAUUUCCUCCGUAGAGGUUUGUUCUGUCCUGUCCUGACUCCUUUCUUGCUAUGUUUUUGCUGCCUCAGUUGGUAAAUAAGCAGGCUCUUAUAAGGAGUGGAAUAUGCACUGAUUUUCCAUUUUUUUUUCUUGUAAAAUGGAAAAUAGGAAUAAGUUGCUAAUGGUACAUCUUGAUGACGAUGGCGAUCUCUCUCCAUAAGUUAAGAAAAUUUUAGUGAAAUGAUAUGAAUACAGUAGCACUAUUAUUAUUAUUAUUGAAGCUGCUCAAAAUCUUUGAGCCCUGAUAUAUGUGUGUAUAUAUAUAUAUACACACACAUGUAGUUUAUCCCACCUGGGACUUCCAUAUUUUCUCCUUUGGGGCCUGGUAGAGUAAGCCAUAACCUUUAUCGUAGCAUAUUGGCAAUGUCAUCAACUCCUGGGACAUUUUCUGUAUUAAGACUGAUGGAAGAUUUAGCAAAUCCUUGUCCAGAUAUUGGAAUGUGUCUAAGCAGUUUGGUGCUUCUGAGUAGGAGUCGUCUCAAACAAAUCGUUGGUAUAUAAGUUUAGUGUCUAUUUUAGAGAAUUUGAUAUCAUUGUUUUACCUUUAUAGCUUAGAAUAAAAUAUAUAUAUAUAUAUUGUAUUGUUAUUGUUCCAACGGCUGGUGACUGGUGUGUAUAUAUAUAUAUAAUGUUAUAAAUGACUUAAUAGAAUAUUGACUUCUUGAUAUAGUUGUUGAAAAUGUCAUAGAUUAUAUUGUCUUGUA